AUGUUACCUACUCAGCUGGAUCUGGUAUUGAAACGUCUUAUCUAUUUUGGUGCGCCUAAGGCCUUCGUGGUUGCUAUUUUGCUACUUACUUGGCAAUCUUUCUUUGACUUGAGCCAAUCCGCAGAGUACCAAGUGCUGGAGUACUAUGCAGGAGUGGGGCGAAUUGCCCGACUUAGUGCCUGCACAGGGUACCGGGCUGCUGCAUUUGAUGUGGUUUUUGACAAACCCGAAGUCACAGAGGCUUGGCCAGGCUCCCCCACAACAAAGGCGUUAGCCCUGGCUAUGGCGCUACAAGGUCAGGUCAACGAAUGUAUCAGUUUCUGGGGCAUUUGCUGUAGUAGCUGGAUACAUAUGAAUUGUGGCACGAGUGGCCGCAACCAUCUUUCGCCGAUGGGAUGUGAAUCGUAUCCAAGUGUGCAAUGUGCAAACAUGCUUGUUAGCAGGUCUAUGCUCUUAAUAUUUUUAUGCGUAUGUCUCGGUGGAACCCCGGUAGUGGAAAAUCCAGGGUCAUCAAUGAUAUGGAUGCAUGAGAGAUUCCAAUGGCUCCUUGGGGUCCUCGAAGGUAUGAAAAUUCGAAUGUUCAAAACACGCUUCUGGAUGUGUCACUUUAACAGCCCCACUAUGAAGAGAACAAUUCUUUGGAGCCCUGGUAGCGCGAUUGCUGCGUUGAAAGCGUUCGCCACCAUGCGUCGUGCAGACUUCCGCUUUGACAAGAAAACUGCCCGAAAAUACCGUACCAGAGCUGGUAAAGUGGCCUAUCAAGGCACUGAAGCUUUGAAAGGAACCCAGGUCUACACUCCAAAGUUCGCUGGCUUUGUGGUUCGCAUGAUUCCCCACUUCAAUGACCCGAAGCGGAAGCAGAAGCUUCCUGUACUUCCCAAUGUCCCUUUGCGAUAUUAUCGUUUUGAUGUUGGUUACUAG